AUGCCCCUGGGCAGAAACCAUCUCAUGCAUCACAGCCUGGCAGCAUCCCUCCAGGAGAUCUGGCGCUGGUUCCCACCAGACUGUCAUCCCCAGGUCAGUCUCCGCAUUUCUGCUGACCACGUUGCCUUCGUCGUGAGAUCAUGUCUUUCCAGAGAAAUCCCACUAAUGCCUUCAUUCUGCGAGAUCGGUAUAUAUAGGGGCAGCCUUCCCCGGGCUGCACUGUGCAGGCCAGCAAAGGCAUCGCUGUCCUCCAAGCGGUUGCACGGCUCCCACGCUCUCCUUUUAGAACAAGACAUAGCAGCAGCAAAUAUGGACAUUACCAUCCAGCACCCCUGGUUCAAACGCGCCCUGGGACCCCUGAUUCCAAGCCGUUUGUUCGACCAGUUUUUUGGAGAGGGUCUCCUGGAGUACGAUCUCCUGCCUUUGUUCUCCUCCACUAUCAGCCCCUACUACCGGCAGUCCCUGUUCCGCAGCGUGCUGGAGUCGGGCAUUUCAGAGGUGAGGUCUGACCGGGACAAGUUUACAAUCAUGCUGGAUGUAAAACACUUCUCUCCUGAAGAUUUGAGCGUGAAGAUUAUUGAUGACUUUGUGGAAAUCCACGGCAAGCACAGUGAAAGACAGGAUGAUCACGGCUACAUCUCCCGCGAGUUCCACCGCCGGUACCGCCUGCCUGCCAAUGUGGACCAGUCUGCCAUCACCUGUUCCCUGUCCAGUGACGGCAUGCUGACCUUCUCGGGCCCAAAGGUCCCCUCCAAUAUGGACCCCAGCCACAGCGAGAGGCCCAUCCCUGUGUCCCGGGAGGAAAAGCCCACCUCUGCACCUUCCUCCUAA